ACUCCCAGUGAAGAGAACCCCAAGCAUGCCCAGAUCGACCUCGAUGAAGGGGAGGGAAGAGGAGAAGGGGGAGGAGGACAAGGAUGAUGAUAAAAGCCCUGGGGCUGCUCUAGCACAGCAGUCUGAAGAAGUGGAGGGAGUCCAGCUGCUGCAGGCAGUUGAGAAACUGCCAGAAAAGAAGAAGCGCACCCAUUGCUACUUCCGCAGAAAUGCACAGAUACUUUUGAACUUCCAUAAGCCUACUGAUCCUGAAGACAAUACCAGCAUGGCCCCUGAGGACAUGGCAAAUGCUGACUUCUGUAAAGCAGAGGACUGUGCCAUGCUGGAUCAUGGAAAGUGCUGUGCUAAGAUCAUGGAAAGUGGCACUUCCAGACUGAAGAAAUGGCACACCAAUUCCCUGCAAGAAAGGAAGUGCAAGUAUCUGUUGGAAAUGAAAUGGAGAGGUGAAGAGUGCAUGGUGCCGACCAUUGUGAGGGACAUUUACCAGUGGCUCUCAUCCAUCACGGAUGUGUCUGCUGAGCACAGACUAGAUAAGACCCUGCAGGAGAUGACCCUUGCACAGCCACAUGAUGUGGUGGUGACCCUUCUGCGGUGUGCCCCAUCGUGUGACAGAGUUGCUGUGACCAUGUGGAGGGCAAUUGUCUCCUCACAUGGAACUGCAGAGAAGGUGCUGCCAGAGCUCCUCUGUGUGCUGGAGGACUGGCCGCUGCACAGCACAUCCACCUCCGAUAAGGACGACUCAGAUGUCUUUCCUCUGGCCGCAACCAGAGCACUGUGGGAGAUCAUUCACCUGCCUGAGCGCCCAGAGAUGUUGAUUCUGUAUUUUCCUUGCCUCUUUGUGGCCCUGCUCUUCCAAGUUUUCUCCAGCACAGAGCAGAUGCCAGUGAAAGUCAAUGCCUUCUGGAGGCAAUGUCAGCACAAGCACUUCCUGCCCAAGAACCCCAACAGAUUUGCAUUGAUGACCAUGAAAGCACUGCUCUGUGAGCUUGAGUAUGAGGAUGUGGUGCCUGAAGUUGAACGUGAGUGUGGCUGGGACACACUCCUCAGCACUGACACCCACCACCAUACAGUGGGUCUUCUGGCCAGAGCAAUGCUCAGGACCUCACAGCCUUUGUGUUACCGGAUUGCACGCUGCCUGUUCAGGCUGCUCCGCAGAGAGGAGGCACGCUGGGAGGUGGCUGCCAUGGCCUUCCUUGUUGAGAUCCUGCCUUGCCUUAACGUAAAGCAAUGCGGUGAACACAUCCUACAGCUUUUCCCAGUCUACCUGUUGAGGGAAUGCAGAGUGAUGCGUCUCCUGGUGCUCAGAUGCCUCGUGGUACUCUGCAAGAGACCCUCUAUGGCCAGCACAAUGUGGGCCCUGACUGAAAGCCUCACAGAGGUGCUGAAGGAUGAAGACGGGGAGGUGAAGGGGAUGACACUCUCUGUCCUAAGAGAGAUGCUCCUGAACAGAGAUGUGCCAAUUGCCAGUUCUCUCGCUCUGCAGCUGGUUGAGGCACUCCGGCCACUCAUUGACAAUGAUAUGAGCCGUGUGCAGCUGCUCUCCAUUAACGUCUUUCAAGCAGUGAUGAAUUUGGUAGAGGAAGAGGGAAAAAAGCCCCUAGAGAGAAUUUUACGCCAGAGCCUGUUCCCACUGUUCCGCCACUUGCAUGAUAAGAACCGGUUUGUGGCAGAGGCCUCCUGGGAAACUCUGCUUCAAGUUAACACAUUCCUGCAAGAAAGGAAGUGCAAGUAUCUGUUGGAAAUGAAAUGGAGAGGUGAAGAGUGCAUGGUGCCGACCAUUGUGAGGGACAUUUACCAGUGGCUCUCAUCCAUCACGGAUGUGUCUGCUGAGCACAGACUAGAUAAGACCCUGCAGGAGAUGACCCUUGCACAGCCACAUGAUGUGGUGGUGACCCUUCUGCGGUGUGCCCCAUCGUGUGACAGAGUUGCUGUGACCAUGUGGAGGGCAAUUGUCUCCUCACAUGGAACUGCAGAGAAGGUGCUGCCAGAGCUCCUCUGUGUGCUGGAGGACUGGCCGCUGCACAGCACAUCCACCUCCGAUAAGGACGACUCAGAUGUCUUUCCUCUGGCCGCAACCAGAGCACUGUGGGAGAUCAUUCACCUGCCUGAGCGCCCAGAGAUGUUGAUUCUGUAUUUUCCUUGCCUCUUUGUGGCCCUGCUCUUCCAAGUUUUCUCCAGCACAGAGCAGAUGCCAGUGAAAGUCAAUGCCUUCUGGAGGCAAUGUCAGCACAAGCACUUCCUGCCCAAGAACCCCAACAGAUUUGCAUUGAUGACCAUGAAAGCACUGCUCUGUGAGCUUGAGUAUGAGGAUGUAGUGCCUGAAGUUGAACGUGAGUGUGGCUGGGACACACUCCUCAGCACUGACACCCACCACCAUACAGUGGGUCUUCUGGCCAGAGCAAUGCUCAGGACCUCACAGCCUUUGUGUUACCGGAUUGCACGCUGCCUGUUCAGGCUGCUCCGCAGAGAGGAGGCACGCUGGGAGGUGGCUGCCAUGGCCUUCCUUGUUGAGGCCCUGCCUUGCCUUAAGUUAGAGAACUGGGACAAACGCAUCCUACAGCUUGUCCAAAUCUACCUAUUCAAGGAGUGCAGACCAAUGCGUCUCCUGGUGCUCAGAUGCCUCAUGGUACUCUGCAAGAGACCUUCUAUGGCUGAAAGCAUGCAAAACCUGAGUGAAAGCCUCACCGAGGUGCUGAAGGAUGAAGACAGGGAGGUGGUGUGGAUGACACUCUCUGUGCUAAAUGAGAUGUUCCUGAACAGACAUCUGCCAAUUACCAGUUCCCUUGCUCUGCAGCUGGCUGAGGCAUUCCGGCCACUCUUUGACAAUGAUGACAGCCAUGUGCAGCUGGUCUCCAUUCACCUCUUUGAAGCAGUGAUGCAGUUAGUAGAGGAAGAAGGAGAAUGGCCCCUGCAGGACUGCGUGCACCAGAGCCUGCUCCCGCUGUUCUACCACAUGUAUGAUGAGAACCAGUUUGUGGCAGAGGCCUCUUGGGAAACCCUGAUUCAAGCAACGAUAUUCCUGAAGAAGUGGAAUCUUGUGCAGCUCCUGGAGACAGAAGAGCUGUGGAGGUUUGGCGAGUGCCUGCUGGAAGAGGACAGAGACAGAGCAGAUGGGUACCUGCGCCAGUCUGUGAUGUACCUGCAGAGCCCACACAAGUCCAUGCGAGAGGCAGCCAUCAGGCUCACUGCCCAUCAAGAUAUGAGAAAGAACUUUCGGUUCUCCAUCCGUAACCUCGUAACUCGAACCCGGCACUUUCUAAGACCUGCAGAGAGAAAUCUUGACUCCAGAUUCAGGCUGCUGCAAAACCAGCGCCAUGAGGCAUGGAGGAGGCGAGCUUCUCUCUUGAAAAAUGGCUGCUCUUCUCUCUGGUACAAUGUUGGGUCACAAAGCUGGAGGUCCCCGCACUACUGAUCCCAAGAACUCUCAGGGCCAUCUGAAUGGAAAUAUUCAGUGGCUUCUGGCCUCCCAGGACAGCCUUCCUCUUAGGUUACUUUUCUCCAACUCACAGGACAGCUUUCCUCUUAGAUCACUUUUCUUCACCCCUUUUAAAGAAACUAAUAAAAUGCAAAAUAAAAAGGCACUCGUUCACAAUCUCUUUCCUUGGGUUCCUG